UUUAUUUUCUUCGUAGAAAAAAGCAAGGGAAAUUUUUGUGGCAGUCUGAUAAAAAUAAUAAUUUAAGUGCAAAUACGCUAAUAACUUAUUUGAAAUUUGUAUAAACAUAUUUUUAACAAUACCGUGCAGUUAUACGCGUUUCAUUUUUGUACGGAAGCAUCCGUAAUGCUUGUAAAAAGAGAAAGAUGUUUCACGAAAAUUGUAUCUAAUUAGUGUAGUUUUAUGUGGAUUCGUUCAUGCAGAUGGUGGAGAGCGCCGAGUGACGAACUGUGACACAGUCGACAAUGGACAAAGAAAAUUGUUUGGAAUUAUGAGAAUGUAAAGAAACAGCAAAAAUAAAUUAAAAAUACAAACUUGCGAAUUCGAAUUUAAGCCGCAAGGCGGGCGUUGUUUGCAUUUGACCACAAGCUGCGCUACGAUCAAUUGUGCAYAAAAAUAGAUUUGCAGCAUAUACAUGAGUGUGAAGAAAAAGUGAACUAAAACAGAAAAGAAAAAUAAGUAAGGAAAUUUUCGCUAUGAUUUUCGCAGGACAAGACUGUAAGAAAAGAAAUUGUCGUAGUAAAAUAUACUAAUAAACAUAAUAAAAGUCAUCGGUGGGGUCUCUUAAAAUUAAAUAUAGCAAAGAGAUCAACCUUAUAAUAUUGUAUUCAAUUAUUCAUUUAUUUUUGAUUUUAAUCGAAUAGAGCGACAACUUGAAAUACUUUCAGUGUUUUCAUAAGACUGAAUUGUAUAUUAAUAAAUCAAUUCCUUCAAGUGCAACUGUAGACUAAUUCGCGACRCUUAAACUAAUUAUUUUAAUUUGAUAUACAUAUUUUCCCGUCUGGAUUUGUUGGCGGCUAAUUGUCCGCCUAAAAAGAGCAGUCAAUUUGUGGUCGUCAUCUGGAUUUAGCUUUUGUGACGGCGAUAGCCCGAACACCGGCAAAGUGGAUGCCCGGGGCGGUUUGGGUGUUCCCCAGGACUACGCAGGUAUGGUGGGCUUAGCCGGCGGGGGUGGUGCAGGCGGUCCUGGGGGUCACCUAUAUGGGCCAGUGCCGUCACAAGAAUCAUUAAUAGUGCGCGACAUGGUACAGAUGCCACCACCUCCGUCAAAUGCUCCCACAUCUGCAGAUGCAUGUCUUAGCAUUGUUCAUUCAUUAAUGUGCCAUCGACAAGGUGGGGAAAGUGAGGGGUUUGCAAAACGGGCUAUAGAAUCACUGGUAAAGAAGUUAAAAGAAAAGCGUGAUGAAUUGGAUUCGCUGAUAACAGCUAUCACCACAAAUGGUGCACAUCCAAGCAAAUGCGUGACUAUACAACGAACGCUGGAUGGUAGAUUGCAGGUUGCAGGGAGAAAAGGCUUUCCGCAUGUUAUAUAUGCCCGUAUUUGGCGAUGGCCAGAUCUUCAUAAAAAUGAACUAAAGCACGUCAAAUACUGUGCAUAUGCUUUUGAUCUCAAAUGUGAUUCAGUGUGCGUGAAUCCAUAUCAUUAUGAGCGAGUUGUGUCACCAGGCAUUGAUUUAUCUGGUCUAAGUCUGCAGUCCGGACCCAGUCGUUUGGUAAAAGAUGAAUACUCGGCUGGCCCAUUAGUGGGAGGUAUGGACAUUGAUGGAAAUGACAUUGGCACAAUACAACACCAUCCAUCGCAGGUGCUUGGACCAGGCUAUGGAUACCCCCAAGGAGGAGUUGCUGAUACAAAUCACACAAUGAAUUCUAUGUUCGUUGCGGGGCGCACAAUACCUAAAAUUGAGCCUGGCGAUGGUAGCGGUAUGCCACGUGGUGCUUGGAUGGUGCCGCCACCGCCACGGUUGGGUCAGCCACAGCCAGUACCACAAACGCAACCACAACCACCGCAACAACAACCACCACAAUCGCAGCAACAACGUGCGGCCCAAGUUUCCCAACACCCGCUUUCUGUUCCGCACGGUAUGCCGUUGUCUGGACCAAUGAACUCCGGUGGACCCGUUAUGGGGCCGCCUCCCCCGCCUCAAUUGCAGAAUCCUCAAGGCAACGGCCCAAAUGGCAAUAUUUUACCUGGAGCGGGCCAUCAUACUCAAGCAAAUUCACCCAGUGAUGCAUUGCAGCAAGCUCAGGGCGCCGGUGGCGGUGCCAAUAAUGGUGUUGGCGUAAACGUUAGUGGCGGUGCUGGAACUGCUGGUCCAAAUCAAGGAGCAUAUUAUGGUCCGCCGACGACAUCCCAGUUGCCCAAUGUCGCAGAAGCCAAAUUUAAUGCUGCAUUGAAUAACCCCGGCCCAGGUGGUGGUGUACAACAGCCACAUUCACCACAUCUGCAACAGAAUGGUUAUGUAACCGGUGGUGGUGCGCCAUCCAAUUAUGUCCAGCAAGUAGGAGGUGCCGGCAAUGUUGGAGCCAAUGGACCACAAUCUGCUACGCAAACCAAUUCUGGUGGUCAAGUAGUAUCUGGUGGAACAGUGGGUGCAGGUGGUACAUGGACUGGAUCCAGCACACUCACCUACACGCAAUCAAUGCAACCUCCUGAUCCACGAACACAUUCAACAGGAUACUGGAAUGCCCCAUUGAGUGGUGAUAUGAGUGCUAAUCAACAACAACAACAACAGCCACGCAUGUUGUCCCGCCAACCAGCGCCAGAAUAUUGGUGUUCCAUCGCUUACUUCGAAUUGGACACACAGGUGGGGGAAACAUUCAAAGUGCCAUCGGCGAAACCAAAUGUCAUUAUCGACGGAUAUGUUGAUCCUUCGGGUGGCAAUCGGUUUUGUCUGGGCGCAUUAAGCAAUGUACAUCGCACUGAACAAUCGGAACGCGCUAGACUGCACAUUGGUAAAGGAGUUCAACUAGAUCUCCGCGGAGAAGGUGACGUAUGGUUGCGCUGUCUAAGUGACAAUUCUGUUUUUGUACAAAGUUACUAUCUCGAUCGUGAAGCUGGUCGAACUCCAGGCGACGCUGUACAUAAAAUAUAUCCGGUUGCCUGUAUUAAAGUUUUUGAUUURCGUCAGUGCCAUCAACAAAUGCAUUCAUUGGCGACAAAUGCACAAGCGGCUGCAGCUGCUCAAGCUGCAGCGGUUGCUGGACUCCCAAACUCGCAAAUGGGCGGUGCGCCGCGAAAUAUUACCGCAGCAGCUGGUAUCGGUGUUGACGAUUUACGUCGUUUGUGUAUUUUACGUUUAAGUUUUGUUAAAGGCUGGGGACCUGAUUAUCCAAGACAAUCAAUAAAGGAGACACCUUGUUGGAUAGAGGUGCAUUUGCAUCGAGCUCUACAACUGCUGGACGAAGUGUUACAUAGAAUGCCAAUCGAUGGUCCACGUGCGAUGGCUUGAACAAGUCCUCAAUCACACAUAUUUACAUAUUUAAAGUAACAUUAAUACCUAUACAGAAAUUAUAACUAAAUAAUUGAAUUCUGCUCAGUUCAUCACAAUAGUAAAGAGAGAAGACAACAACAUACAGGAUCCGGCAAACUUAAGACGUCUGAUUCUUGAUCUUUAUUAGCCUUGCAAAUGAAUAUAAAAUAUAUUAUAUUAUUUAAGCGGAGAUUGUAAGAAUACAUGCAAUUAGUUUUCAUCAAAAUGUUGGUUUAUGCUUUCAAGAAAAAAAUUUGUAAAGUAGCCGUUUUAAAAGCAAAUCGAUUUUAUUUCGUUUAUUGUUCUUUUUAUUAAUUAAAGAAGCAAAAGGUACUAAAAGAAUAAAAUGGCUUUUAAAAUACAUUUAAAUACGUAUUUAUCAAUUUUGACAAACGACAAUUUUAUACUGAAAUUGCUGAGUUAUUAAUUGGAUACAAUACUUUUUUAUGAAUAUCAUUUUAUCACCAUAGUUAAUAUUGACAUUAUUCUGCCUUUAUUGUUUGCUUCAUUGUGAACAUAUUUUGAAUGUUUAAUCUUAUUUUUGGCAUUUGUGAUUAAUCGAAAAAAAAUAAAUUUUAAAUAUUGGUUAAAUUUUUCACACAAAUUGUUUUCAAUACUUUAUCUAUCGAAUAUAGUAUCCUUGUCCAUAUACUAGAUAUAUGUAUGUAACUAGCUAGCCCGUGUUUUCGAAUUAACGAUAGGUUUGCAACCAUUCAAACCCUCCGUUAACAAUUAAAAAACUUAAAUAUAA